AUGUACGCUAUAAAUGAAGAGGACAGCUUUCUUCCCGCCAUUCUGAGCAACAACCCGACGAAACAACUCGCGCAAGUUCGAGGAUUUUACGAGCGCCAACGAGAGCGUAGUUUGACGCUCGACCGAAAUUUGGAAGACAUAAGAAUGGCGUAUUGCACAAGGCUUUGCGCGGAGAAACAGCGACUUAGUAAGUCUUUGUGGGAGCUGGAAAUGCGAAAAAGAAGGUUGCUGCAUCAGGUCAUGGAGCCGCAAACAAAACGAACUUCAUCAUGGAAACGGAAGAGUGUAUCAGAGGCAAAAAAGCAACGCUUUAAACAAAAAGAAAAAACAAAACGCAAAUCGGAAAGCAAAUUGACUUCCCCGAAAGAUGAACACUCAAACAGGCAAGAAGGGAAUACCAGACAAAACAAGGAAGAUGACAAACAGGAAAUCGAAAAACUAGAGAUACCAACAUUUCUUUUACGCUGA